AGCGCCAACAGCAGGUUGGUUGGUGAACGCCACGUUUUUUGCAUCCGUUAUGUUGAGGUUUAGCACUAGGUCGAUCAACGGCGCGGCUUCCACAGCAACUACCUUUAAACACGCACUUUAACAGUACAAUGCGUUAAUACUCAUAUCACCAGCUACGAUCGAAUGAUUCGCAGUUUUCUUCAGCGUCGCGGGUGUAUGAUCAUAGAUUCAUAGACCAGCGCGUCUCUAUAUUUAUGACGUUCCACAAUUAUAUGCAACUCGUAUGUAAACUCGUGUUUUAGAACGUAAACUGUCGGUGUGCUAUUUUUUGUUCUCUUCUUACUUUUACUUUACGUUUUGUGUAGAAGAAUUAUGCAGUAUUACAAUCGUAAGCAUUAGUUUCUUUUCUCACCAGCCAUGAAUAUAAGUAAGUUAUUUUUUGUUAGUUUUGUCUUUUUAUUUAAAAAUGUGUGGGCGGAGGUAUUUACCUCCAUGGCGGACGUGCACAACCUUAUACAUACCGAAGGACGAAUUCUCAAUAUUCUGGAGCUGCUAAUUGAAGCGGAAAAGGAGAAAAUUGCGGCCAUUGAAAAUUACAUCCAACAGUUCACAGACGUCUACGAGCUACCUGGCGCGGAUGUGGAACGACUGGUCUCACAUCCGGUUAAUGCCUUCCUCUUGGUGAAACAUCUCAGCGCCGACUGGGAGAAUCUUAAGAGAUUUUUGCUGUAUGAUAUGGGUGCAGCGGCUGUACGCGAUAUUGAAAAGGAACGAUCGGCUCUGCGCUUUCCCGAAGAAGAAGACAUAAAAGGUGCCGCUGAGGGAUUUGUUCGUCUGCAGCGCACAUAUAAAAUUACCACUGAAGAUUUUGCUUCUGGAAAAAUUCCCAACUGGAAUGUGACGCAGGUGCCGCCUAUGUCCGCACUGGACUGCUAUUUGAUAGGUCACCGACUGGCUCAGGAAGGCGUUCAUGAUUAUGCGGCGAACUGGCUGGAGAUUUCCCUGCGGAAGUUUGAUGAAGAAAAGGAAGAGAUGCCAAAAAUCAGGAAAGUUGACAUUGUUGACUGGCUGCAGUAUGCGUAUUAUCACGGCGGAAAUCCAGUCCGGGCCUUGGAACUAACUGAGGUUGUCCGUGAACUUGACCCUGAUUUCCCAACACUGGAGUCUAAUUUCAAAUUCUAUUCGGAUUUAAUCGCUGAAUUGGACGUCGCGACGGCACAAAAAAUGAGGGAUCAAAGCCGGCCUCCCCCCAGUGUUCAGUAUGACGGCCAUUACGAAGCUCUGUGUCGCGGAGAAGGAAAGUUGGCUCCAAGAGUUGUACCGCACUUGAAGUGCUAUUUCGAAACACACAAUAAUCCAUACCUGCUGCUCCAACCGGCGAAAUUUGAAGUUGCUUAUGUGGAUCCUGACAUAUAUUUUGUCCACGACGUGAUCACCGAUAAUCAGAUGCAGAUGAUAAAGGAAGCAGCAAUGGUUUCCCUCCAACGGGCUACUGUUGUUAAAGCCGGCACAAACGAAACCGAAUACGCGAAAAUCCGUAUUUCGAAAUCUGCAUUUUUGGGCGAACACGUUCAUCCGGUAAUUCCCGAAGUGAAUCGACGCAUAGGUCAUGUAACAAACUUCGACAUGAACCAAGCCGAACAGCUGCAAGUGGCAAAUUACGGUAUCGGGGGCUUCUAUGACGCACAUUAUGAUUUCUUCCGCAACCCCAAUGAUAUCAACACCAAACACAUUGAAAAACACCUUGGCGACCGUAUUGCCACCUUGUUGAUUUAUAUGACAGACGUGGAAGCCGGUGGCGCAACCACCUUUCCUGUGCUCAACGUGACCUUAUUCCCACAGAAGGGAUCAGCGUCGUUCUGGUUCAAUCUAAACCGGGAUGGGCGGGGUGAUGUGCGGACUUUGCAUGCCGGGUGUCCGGUAUUGUCCGGCAAUAAGUGGGUGUCCAAUAAGUGGAUAAGGGAAAUUGGACAGCAUGAUAGGCGACCUUGUGAUUUGGUGCAGGAUAGUCUCUCAAGACAAGUGCCCGGUGUGGUUUGGCCUGACAUGGAGCCAGCUAAGGAACAAAUGGAGCGUUAAUCGGCGUUUUAGAAUUUUAUUUUUGGUUAUAUUUAUUUUAAUUGCUUUUAAAUUUUGUGUGUACGGGAUCUCGUUGUUAUUGUUGAAGAUUUUCCUACUCGAAGGCGUGAUGUGAAAACGGCGACUUACCUCUGACAUGACAAGCAGGAACACUGCGCUAUUCAGCAAAAUAAAAUAAAGCUAGCUUGA